AUGUCGUGGAAUAUACUUGAAUCGGCCCCAUGGGAGUGGCACCCACGGUCGAAUGACUGCUCGAAUAAUAGCUGUCCUAAUAUUGGCGAGGAACUGCAUCCAAAGCUCUAUCUGCGAGAUACGGAAGAGGACGAGUGCAUAAACGUCCCUAAAGCGAAACGCAGACCAAGUGCGAGCUGCACUCUUCGUUCUCGGCAAGAGCCAAUGUUCAUAAACGAGAUUUCCACGGUGUGGCACUGGCAGCCUUUUGUCGGGCGGCCAGACAUGACGCCCUAUCACAUGAAGAUAGAUCAGCGCACGGCCAACGAAGAUAUCUCCCCUCUCAGUGCCAGUCUUCGUGUGGUCAAAGCAGCCACAGUGCCAGACUUCGGUGAACCUAUCCGCGUACAUAGUGAGGACGGUGCGAUUCCGGAGCUAGGGGAGAUAAUUGCAAAUUCCAUUGCUUCAGACGAGAUCGCAGCGCAUUGGUGUCGAUCAUCGCAUGACUCGUCGCCAACAGGCGGAAUUCGGUUCUGCCCAGCCGGUCAACUACCUGAGUCGGCCAUCACUCUCUGCGCAGCGGAGAGGCUUCACGAUGACGAAGACGUGCAGACCGUGGUAGCGAGACUCGCAGAAACCUUUCACCCUACACUUCAGCGCUUUGUCCGACAAUAUCUGGACACCCGACGCACACCUGAAGAUGUGAUGCCUCCCUGGAUGACGGCAUUCGGGAUCGUAUAUGAUCAUAACGGCCUUCUUCUGUAUACGUUCUACCCAUACUACAGGCCGGAGAAGAGGACCCCAGAUAUUGGAAUCGGACAUUGGGCUGCGGCUGCGGAUCAGACUCGUAUCAGAUAUAUGAAAAUCAUGCGAGAACCUAUAGAGAUCCGCUCGGACAUGGCGCAUCAUUUUUUUGCUCUUCGGCAGCAUGCUAUCGAAGUCUGUAGGCGUCUGCGAGCAGAGAAAUAG